GCGUCACUGGCUGCCUGGGGUGUGAGUGAGGGGGCAGGAGAGCAAGAGAUAACUGUGGCUCUUCGGGUGUAUUGUGUCAGGAGAUGAGAACUGGGCUCCACGUGACGGGGCCGAGGGCUGCAGGGAUUGGCCGGCCUCCUGGCAGGCAGGGUGAGCCUCCCCACCUCCUUUUUUCCUCCCUCUGUAUCUCAGCAUGGUAGUGUCUAGAGCUCAGCAUCCUUAUGGGAUCCGCUAGGUGAGAUCCGCAGCUUGGCCUGUACCUUUCGCUGCAGCAGGGGGGGAGUUCCCAUCUCUCCUGCCAUUGAGAUAUCUGCUUGUCGCUCUGCCAACAGUGGGUCUACGGUGUGUGUGUGAGGAACUGGACUCUAGCGUUUGCUGCAUUUUGUUCACAGCCUCCUUUGGAGAUUGAGGAAUGAUAUUCCGCCACCAUGAUGGAAGGAUUGAAAAAGCGCACAAGGAAAGCAUUUGGAAUACGGAAGAAAGAAAAGGAUACUGAUUCCACUGGAUCACCUGACAGAGAUAGCAAUCAGAAGAAAGCAAAUGGCGCCCAAAAUGGAUUUUACGCAGAGAUUGACUGGGAGCGAUAUAACUCUCCUGAGGUUGAUGAUGAGGGCUACAGCAUCAGACCUGAUAUGGAACCUGGCUCUAACAAAGGAAAGCACUUCUAUUCAUCAAGUGAAUCAGAAGAAGAACAAGAGUCGCACAAGAAGUUCAAUAUUAAAAUUAAGCCUCUACAGGCUAAGGAUAGCUUGAAAAGUGCCGCAACUGUGGAUGAGCUAAAGGCUUCAAUAGGAAACAUUGCACUUUCUCCUUCUCCAGUGAGGAAAAGUCCGAGGCGUAGCCCGGGUACACUAAAGAGACAUUUAUCCCGUGAAGAAAUUGCAAGACCAAGGCGCUCAACACCAACAACUGACCUUGUGAGCAAGAAGGAGCCUGCUGAAUUAUUUGGUCCUCCUCUAGAAUCUGCAUUUGAAGGGCCAAAGAUUGAAGUCCCAUUAGAUCAAUCAGAAAUUUGGGGACCAGUGCAAACACCGAGCACAAAUGAAGAAUCGCCAAAGCUGUCAAGGCCAUAUCCAUCCGGAACACCUCCACCCAUUCCACCAAAAAAUAUUCCAGCAACACCACCGAGAACAGCCUCACCACUGCCAGCUGGAUCAGAAACUCAAGUUGCAGUGUGUGAAAUGACAGAACCAGAAGUUACUGAAGAUCAUCUCCCAUCAAUCGGUGACCUGGACAACAUUUUUGGUCCUGUACUGUCCCCAAAGUCUGUCAUUGUUAACUCUGAAGAUAAGUGGGUCAGAUUUGUCGAUCCUUCCCCAGAGAAGAUUUCUCCAGUGGUUUCACCUGAAAGAACCACUGAAUCUCCAGUUAUGGAUACAGAAAGUCCUUGUGAAGCACCCCCCAGUGAAACGUAUCGUAAUAUUCCAUCCCCCCUCAAUUUGGAAGAAGUAGAGAAGAAAAUAAUGGAACAAGUAUUUAUUAAAGAUGAUGAACCAGAAACUGUUGCAUCCCCUAAAGAUUUUGGCCUCGGACAAAGAGCAACUCCACCUCCACCACCACCACCCACGUACCGAGCUGUUGUGUCUUCACCGGGACCCAUCCCUAGUAGUGGCACUGGCUGUACAAGUGGUACAUCAUCUCCAGCUCGCCCUGCAACCCCCCUUGCUAUCUGUAGUACAACUCCUCCCCCACCACCUCCUCGUCCACCCUCUCGGCCAAAGCCACCACCUGGAAAGCCUGCAGUUACAGAUGUGUCAAGACCCUUCAGCCCUCCCAUCCACUCAUCCAGCCCUCCACCUAUAAUAGCUCCUCUAGCCCGCGCUGAAAGCACCUCUUCCAUUUCUUCUGCAACCUCUCUGAGUGCAGCCACCACACCCACCGUUGAAGGGGAUUCAUUUGUUGACAAACGACCCUCGUGUGACAGACAUGAGCCACCCACAGAGAAUGAACAGCCUUCCCUCAUUUGGUUUGACAGAGGAAAGUUUUAUUUGACUUUUGAAGGCUCUUCCAGAGGUCCAAGCCCUUUAACUAUGGGUGCUCAAGAUACUCUACCCGUAGCUGCUGCAUUCACAGAAACAGUAAAUGCCUACUUUAAAGGGGCAGACCCCAAUAAGUGCAUAGUAAAGAUCACCGGGGAAAUGGUUUUAUCUUUCCCAGCUGGAAUCACCAGGCACUUUUCAAACAACCCAGCACCAGCUGCUCUUACAUUUCGUAUAACAAAUUAUAAUCGGUUAGAACAUGUUCUGCCAAACCCUCAACUUCUCUGCUGUGAUAAUGCACAGUCUGUCCCCAACAUGAAGGAGUUCUGGGUCAAUAUGCCAAAUCUAAUGACUCAUCUGAAGAAAGUGUCAGAACAGAAGCCACAGGCAACAUAUUACAAUGUAGACAUGCUCAAAUAUCAGGUAUCUGCACAAGGACUUCAGUCUACUCCUCUGAACCUUGCAGUAAGCUGGAGGUGUGAGCCUUCCAGUACAGACCUCCGAAUAGACUACAAGUACAAUCCAGAUGCAAUGACAACACCUGUAGCUUUAAACAAUGUCCAGUUUGUUGUUCCUAUUGAUGGAGGUGUAACAAAACUUCAGGCUGUCCUUCCUCCAGCUGUCUGGAGUGCUGAACAACAGAGGAUAUUGUGGAAAAUACCAGAUAUUUCCCAGAAAUCUGAAAAUGGAGGUGUCGGCUCUUUGUUGGCAAGGUUCCAGCUAUCAGAGGGGCCUAAUAAACCAGCACCUCUUGCAGUACAGUUCACCAGUGAAGGAGCCACCCUGUCUGGCUGUGAUAUUGAGCUUGUUGGAGGGGGAUACCGAUUUUCCCUGGUUAAAAAGAGGUUUGCAGCAGGAAAAUAUUUGGCGGAUGUCUAAUGGAAGAGUAUGCAUAUGAAACAGUCUAAAUGGAGAACUGGUGUUCCUAAAACAGGUUUUAAUUAUAAGCUAAUGGACAAGAACAAUGUUUGGUAUGUGGAAACUUUCUGAUGGAAACAACUUCAGCUGAUGUUCAAGCAUCUUCCUCAGAAUCCUUCAUGUUGACCAGUACUGCAGUAUUUACUUCUAGAUGUCACAUUGUUAAUGGUUUUAAAAUGUAAUUAUUGUAUUUGUAAAUUGUACUUAUUCCAGUAAGCCUGUAUUUUGGCAGUUAGACUCUUGUUUCAACAUCUUACCAUUGGUAAAUGGAUGUAAUUUAAACUGUUUGAAAAAAAAUGUAGUAUUGUUGAAUGGCACACUGCUUCAGAAAUAGAUUUGUGUAUAUAUAUAUAGAACUGGACCAGAAAUAUUAAUAGCUGUUGUAGGGGGGUGCCUCGUUUAAACAUUAAGUGUCCUAAAUUCUUUGGCUAUGCACAUGACAAUGAAAGGAGUCUGACUUCUUCAAACAUGCAAAUAGAUUCAACAUGACAUUUGCAUGCUGUAAGAGGUUAUUGUGAAAUAUAAGGCUAGUGAAGUAGUCUAUUAAAGCUUUAUAAGACAACAGGGAUAAUUCAGUUUUUCUUUUUUUCCAAUGGAACCCAGAAUCCUUACAUAUUUAGCAGAAAUGACCGGAUAUUGUUUAAUUUGUCUAGAAAAUGUGUAAUAUUUCCCUAACUGGAUGCCAGUUAAGGAUACAUUUAGGGAUAAUGCCUUUUUGUUCUCCAAGAUACAUCUAAAAUACCAGCUUCUUUGUUUAGGGUGAGAUUUUGGGUGAAAACUAAUUUCAUCUCCUAGAUAUUUUGGAACUGGGUCGAUUGAUACAUCAAUGUUUUCCUGUAUGUGUUUUCCUUAUGAGCUAAAGGGGCCCUGAACAAAGCAUCUUCCAAGGGGAGCUUGAACUGAAGUUCAAAACCCACUGCCCUAGAAAACUGUCACAUUUUUUUACUGUUGAAAGUAUUACUUGUUUUUAUUUCUCUGAUAUUUAAACCACACUGCAACCUCUGAUCAAAAUACAUGUCUGUCUGUUUGAUUAAAAACUGCAUUGUAUUACUUUAUUUAAAAGAGAGGGGAUGAAGCAGAAAAACACCUUUCCAAAUGGACUGUUUGGGCAACCAAUAGUUUUAUCACUAACCAGAAUUAAAUAAAGAUUGUAAAAAACCUGCAA